CAAGAUGACGGCGAAGCGUGGUCGUACACCUGUGGUGACAGCACGUGCACAGCUGAGUGGCGGUUCGCUUAUCGAAAAAGUCGGCAGGAAAGGAAUGAAUCGUACGAAUUCCCGGAAGUUGCAUUAGGGUGAAGCAGCCGCACCAGCGCUGAUUCGACGACUGAAGCGGAUCGACGAGUUUAAACGUCGGUGUUGAUUGUAGCCGCAUAAUAAUGCUGGCAGCUGUUGACACUUAAACAACACGAAUUGGCUAUCCGAGAUGGACGUAAUCGCUUACAAUCAGCACGAAACCAAUAGCAUCGCGAGCAGCACCGAUGGCGCCGAGACUCAAUACGACGAGGAGAGCCAGCCUGACCUUGAUAUCGAUGGAGAUCUGCUGUCGAUCGACGGUGACAAAGGGAACAAACUACCCUUCCGCAGAAGCUUGUUCGACAACGUGGCACCCUACAUCGUCUUUCAGUCCUACGACCGCAAGAACGGCCCGGUACUGCCGUACGAAGUGGCGCGGCAUCUGAAGUGGCACCUCAGCACGAUAACACCGACAAUAGUGCGUCGCACCGUGGUGAAUUCCGGUUAUCGCUUGAUGAAGAAAUGCCAGAAUUGGUGCGGCACUUGGGGCAAGCACAUGAAGUCCGCCUGCUACAAGAGCUUGAAACAGUCGCAGAAGGUCAACCACUUCCCUGGGACCUUCCAGAUCGGCCGGAAAGAUCGAUUGUCGCGCAAUAUUGGCCGGAUGAUGGUGAAGUACGGCAAGCGGGAAUUCGGCUUCGCGCCGCGUACCUACGUGCUACCUCAGGACAUGCGUGUCUUUCGUCAAGUGUGGGAGAAGAACGGCGGCAAGGAGAAGUGGAUCAUCAAGCCGCCAGCCUCCGCUCGUGGCACCGGAAUUCGCGUGGUCUAUCGCUGGUCCCAGAUACCAAAGAAACGCGCUGUCGUCGUGCAGCAAUAUCUGUCGCGACCGUUGCUGAUCCGCGGCGCCAAGUUCGACCUGCGUGUCUACGUCCUCGUCACCAGCUUCAAUCCGCUCAAGAUUUACGUCUAUCCGGACGGUCUCGCGCGUUUCGCUUCCGUCAAGUACAACGACGACAUCAACUACCUCAGCGACCGUUUCAUGCAUCUCACCAACUACAGCAUUAACAAGACCAGUGCGACCUAUACCAGCAACGACUGCGCGGACUCGAGCACCGGUCAUAAGUGGACUCUAAAAACUCUCUGGUCCUAUCUCGAGCAGGAGAACGUGAAUAUCGUGAAGAUAUGGGCGUCGAUAAAGGAUAUAAUCAUCAAGACGAUGAUAGCCGGCGAGUCUCCUAUCAAUACUCUAACGAGAACCAAUACAACUUCAAGAUAUUGUUGUUAUGAGCUUUUCGGCAUUGAUAUUCUCUUGGACGAGAAUCGAAAACCGUGGUUACUGGAAGUGAAUAUAUCGCCCUCUCUACAGUCUUCCUCGCCGCUUGACAUUGCUGUCAAGGGGCCUCUUAUUAAAAACGUCUUUAAUAUAGCCGGAUAUCAAUUGCCUUCGUGCAUACCGUCCGAGGAAGUGGAACAACUAGCCCAAAGAUACCAGUUAGAUCUGGUGUGCCAAGAUUACAGACUGCACCGAACUACAAUUAACUAUCAAGAGCGACACAAGCAAAUGAUGUAUGCGAAUCUGAGAAAUCGCGAAGACUACCUUGACGAAAUAAUCGAGGAUCUUACCCCCGACGAUGUCAGACACUUGAUUACUUACGAGGACGAACUGACACAAUUAGGUAGAUUCGAGAAGAUUUUUCCUACUACUACCAGUCACCAAUACUUGCAGUACUUUGACGUUGCAAGAUACUAUAAUAUGUUGUUUGAUGCGUGGGAGACCAAAUACAGUGACAAUCGGGACGAAGGUAUUUCCCGGUUGCAAAAAUUAUGCAAAACCAAGUAUCACUUGGAAUAAAUCUUUUAAAUAAUAAUCUUUUUUCCGAACGUAUUUACAUUAAUAAUACCGAUAUCAAAAAAAUGCUACAAAGUUACCCGAAAUUGACGUUUUAAUCGUACGAAAUUUUUUUGUUCUGUACGCUAUGCGUACUUAUAUACGGGUAAACGUACCAUGUCUACGUCUAUGGUUCUUGAAAGAAUCAAGUUCAUUAUGUGCCUUUUCCCACGGUUGUGCAAAUUUAUUUUAUUGUAUGAGAUUUUGUCUUUAAUAAACAAUUUU